UAACAGCGGCGCUUCUAGCCUCCCUCCCACCUGCCGCUCCUUCGUCCCUCAGCGGCUCUUUCUUCGGCCGGCAGCGGCGGCGCCGCCGCCGCCGCCAUGCAGGGGGACGACGCCCGUUACCUCAAAAGAAAGGUGAAAGGAGGCAACAUUGAUGUUCAUCCAUCAGAAAAGGCACUUAUUGUUCACUAUGAGGUUGAAGCUACAAUACUUGGGGAGAUGGGAGAUCCUAUGCUGGGAGAGCGCAAGGAAUGUCAAAAAAUCAUCCGGUUGAAGAGCCUCAAUGCCAAUACAGACAUUUCUUCCCUGGCUCGGAAGGUGGUGGAGGAAUGCAAGCUUAUUCACCCUUCCAAACUAGCCGAGGUGGAACAGUUGCUCUACUACUUGCAGAACCGCAGAGACACGUCUGCAGGAAAAGAGAAAAAAGAGAAAUCCAGUAAACCAAAAGAUCCACCUCCUUUUGAAGGCACAGAGAUUGAUGAAGUAGCCAAUAUCAAUGACAUGGAUGAAUACAUUGAGUUGCUCUAUGAAGAUAUUCCUGAUAAGGUGCGUGGCUCUGCACUCAUUCUGCAGCUGGCCAGGAAUCCUGAUAAUCUAGAAGAACUCCUGCUUAAUGAAACCGCGUUGGGUGCUUUGGCCAGAGUACUGAGAGAGGACUGGAAACAAAGUGUGGAGCUUGCUACUAAUAUAAUUUAUAUUUUUUUCUGCUUCUCUAGCUUUUCCCAGUUUCAUGGGCUCAUCACGCACUACAAGAUUGGGGCUCUCUGCAUGAACAUCAUUGACCAUGAGCUGAAGAGACAUGAACUUUGGCAGGAAGAACUCACCAAGAAGAAGAAAGCUGUUGAUGAAGAUCCUGAUAAUCAAACCCAGAAAAAAGAAUAUGAAAAAACCUUCAAAAAGUAUCAAGGGCUGGUUGUCAAGCAAGAGCAGCUGCUUCGAGUUGCCCUUUAUUUGCUGUUGAAUCUUGCCGAAGACACACGCACUGAACUGAAGAUGCGAAACAAGAAUAUCGUUCACAUGCUGGUGAAAGCUCUGGAUCGAGAGAACUUCGAACUCCUGAUUCUGGUUGUGUCAUUUCUGAAGAAACUCAGCAUCUUCAUGGAGAAUAAAAACGACAUGGUUGAACUGGAUAUUAUUGAGAAACUGGUGAAAAUGGUACCAUGUGAACAUGAAGACCUGCUGAAUAUUACACUCCGACUUCUUCUGAACCUUUCUUUUGACACAGGCUUGAGGAAUAAAAUGGUACAAGUUGGACUUCUUCCCAAACUCACUGCAUUAUUGGGAAAUGAAAAUUACAAACAGGUGGCCAUGUGUAUUCUCUAUCACAUAAGCAUGGAUGAUCGCUUUAAAUCAAUGUUUGCGUACACUGAUUGUAUACCACAGUUAAUGAAGAUGUUGUUCGAGUGUCCUGAGGGGCGCAUUGAUCUGGAGCUCAUCUCCUUCUGCAUCAACCUGGCUGCUAACAAGAGGAAUGUGCAGCUCGUUUGUGAAGGGAAUGGUCUGAAGAUGCUGAUGAAGAGAGCUCUGAAAUUCAAGGACCCAUUAUUGAUGAAAAUGAUUAGAAACAUUUCUCAGCACGACGGGCCAACCAAAACUCUGUUCAUUGUAAGCACUUGUUCUGCAGAAGAUGACCUUGUUUUGGAGGUGGUGAUAAUGAUUGGAACUGUCUCCAUGGAUGACUCCUGUGCAGCCCUGCUAGCUAAAUCUGGGAUUAUUCCAGCCCUCAUUGAACUGCUCAAUGCUCAACAGGAAGAUGAUGAAUUUGUGUGCCAGAUCAUCUAUGUGUUUUACCAGAUGGUCUUCCAUCAAGCUACCAGAGAUGUCAUCAUCAAGGAGACCCAGGCUCCUGCAUAUCUUAUAGACCUAAUGCAUGAUAAAAAUGCUGAGAUCCGUAAAGUCUGUGACAAUACGCUGGACAUAAUAGCAGAGUAUGAUGAGGAAUGGGCUAAGAAGAUCCAGAGUGAGAAGUUUCGAUGGCACAACUCACAGUGGCUGGAAAUGGUGGAGAGUCGGCAGAUGGAUGAGAAUGAGCAGUAUUUGUAUGGGGAUGACCCUAUUGAGCCCUAUAUCCACGAAGGGGACAUUUUGGAGCGACCUGAUCUUUACUACAAUGCAGAUGGGUUAAUUGCACACGAUGGAGCAGCCAGUCCUGAUUUCUUCGGUGAUUACCACCUUCAGAAUGGAGACCUCGUCGGCCAGCAUCCUUUCCCUGGCAGCGUUGCGAUGGAUGGAUUUGGCCAGCCCGUAGGUAUCCCAAGCCGCCCCACCACUGCUUAUGGAUAUCGACCAGAUGAUCCCUACUACUACAGCUUUGGAGCCCGAUAGAGCAGGCUGCUGCAUGAGAUUAUUCCCUUCCUGUAGUCUUGAACAAGAAGAGUCACUGAGCAGAGACUAUUUUCCCCCUUAGUAACGCACGAGAGCAGUCUUUUCCAGUCUGUGUAGCAUGUUUCUGUUGGUUGGUGUUGCUCUGGAGAAACAUUAGCUGUUCAAUAAGACUUUAUAUUUUCUUUUGUACAGUGUUUGCCAAAUAUUAACUAGGAAGUUAACAUUGUUAUGUAUAUUAAGCAGGUAUCUUAAUUUCUAUUUAAAAAAGAAAGAUUUUAUGGUCCCACCAUACUGAAUGCCCAGACAACAUGACUUUUGAACUCAACUUACUCCUUUGCUUAUGAGCAAUAAUUGAAUUGGGUAGUAAAUGUAACUGAGUUGUCUUUCCCCCUAUGCACUUGAAUAAAGCUUUUAAAGAGGGUUGCCAGACCCCCUGGGGGAGGGGGCCAUGUUGCUGGCGGUGCACAGGAAGUUACGUUAUCACUCCAGCGACUUCUGAGCAAUGUUCUGGUAUCGGGGCAAAAACUCUGGUGGAAGCUGGUUUUACCAUAGAGUUUUUGCCCAAAUACCAGAACGUUGCCCAGAAGUCACUGGCG